AUGCCCGUAUUUCAUACUAAACUAAAGAUGUGGUCGCGCAAGCAAUCAGUGUGCAGUGCCGUCAGUGGAAUCUCAAAAGCAGAUGAGCAAGAUGUAAUUGGAGAUCAGCACCUAUAUCCAUUCGCGAUUGGUCUUCGAGUUAGAGUGCUACAGAUUGUUUGCGGAAUCGGUGGGUUGGUGGUUGGUGCCGUAGGAUGGUUGGAAGAAAAGCAAAAGCCAGAAUUAGGAUUGGGUGUUCCAGCCGGAGCUGUUACAGUACUAGCAGCAGCUCUAUCAGUAUACUACAGUCGAGGUUUCGGGGGUUGGCUAUCAGCUCGCUCACGAACCACCAGGUCUUGGGGUCCGCCUUGGAGAGUUCUGGGCCCGUCCCCUUGUGCAGCUGUACCCCUCACUAUAUUGUGGAUAGCAGCUAUAAGUGCCCAUGUCGCGAUGUUCGCCUUUUGCGUAAGAUCUCUUAUGAACCUUGGGUGUAAUUCAAAAACGUGCAUCGGCGUAGCGGUUGCUCAGCUGUCAAUCUCUGUGACAACUCUUGCCACGGCAGUGUACAUGGUGCAGUUGGACUUGAAGUACGACGCAGCUUUCUCACCACCACGACCGUCCGACGCACACACUUGCACCGCAGUGUCUAUGGUACCUUUGACAUCGGUAGCAGUGAACAGUGGAAAUAGCGCAGAGGGGCCCGACAAUAGCCCCCUCAAUAAGGAUCACAAGGAAAAGGAUCCCCCUCCCCCAGAACCCCCCACUUGA